AUGGGAUCCAUCAUGGCAAAGAACGGCAAUUUACUGUACAAUGUAUUCGAAGAAUGGAAAAUGAAGUAUGGUAAACUGUACGCUUACUUUAUGGGACCGCGGCUUUUUGUUAUUGUUGAGAAUUUGGACACUGUGCAAGAGGUGCUCAUCAAACGUUUUGACUGUUUCACGGAUCGAAUGAUGAGCUCAAUAGUGCACGAAAAAUUGGACGUUUUCAUGAAGAACGUUGCUCCAUUGGCCGAGGACCAGAUUUGUUUCGAUAUUUAUGAAAAAUUCAAAGCGCUUACGUUGGAUGUGAUCGCGAAAUGCGCAUUCGAUUUACCAUCGGAUUGCCAGAACAAUUGUAAUGACCCGUUCAUAUUGCACAGCAAAAACUACUUCAAUGAAUUACCAUCGCCAGAACGAAGUAUUCUAAUGCGCAUUUCAGAACAACGAGAACGUCGACGUAAUCAAGCUCCUGCUAGACCGAUCCACAUUCCAAACAGAUGUGGUGAGUUAACGUUUCGUGACAACAAUUCCUCACCUCUCCGCGACCUCGGAAGACUUCUGAAAAUCGAUUUCAUUACUUCAAAUUUCAGCAAACGCAAGGGUGCCAUAUUGGAUUCACGGCAGAUCAGCAAUAAUUGUUUCGCGUUUCUGCUGGCUGGCUACGAGACGACCAGUACAUCUUUAGGAUUUACCGCAUGGCUCCUUGCAAAACAUCAACGCCAGCAAGAAACACUUUUCGACGAACUCAACGAAAACUUGCGCAAUUUGGUUCGUUUCUCAAUUGUGCAGCAUUUAUGCACGAUUCAAAUCGCGUUGAGAUUCAAAUUGCGUAAGCAAAUUCGGGCGAAAAACGACUGUCAAUUGCGUCUGUUGAUUAUCUUGCAAGCAAUUCGCUUCUUCCAGGAAGGUGAUGAGUUCUACGACACUGUGAUGAGUCUUCCUUAUUUGGAUGCAGUUUUUCACGAAGCUCUACGUAUGUAUCCACCAAUUACAUUCUUUGUGAAUCGAACUUGUACCAAACAAUGUAACGUCGAUGGGAUUAACUUCCGUCCUGGUAUUCAAGUUGCAGUGCCGAUUUGGAAUAUUCAUCGAGAUGCGAAAAAUUGGCCUCAACCUAAUGCCUUCCGACCGGAAAGGUUUUACAAACGAAAGGAUUAUCAUCCAAUGUCAUGGCUACCGUUCGGAAGUGGACCGAGAAACUGUGUCGGUGUACGGUUCGCAGCAAUGGAAUAUAAGCUCACACUCGCGCGCCUGCUUCUUCACUAUCGACUCGUCUUUGGUGCAACUUCAGAGGAUCCUCUUCCGUUGAAGAAUUCCACUGCAAUGUUGAGCACAGAUCAUGUCAAUGUGUGCCUAGAGCGAAGGUCUUAA